CUUUGUACGCGCCAAAAUCGGAGGAGGCCUCCUCUUCAAUAAUUUAGGGUUCCUCUGAAACUGUAACGCUACUCUCCCUCUCUGAACUCGACUCCUCUCUCAAAAUUCUCCCAUGGAUCCAUCCAUCAUUAGACUGCUUGAAGACGACGAGGAUGAAAGUAUGCAUUCGGGCGCGGAUGUGGAGGCGUUCACGGCGGCGUUGAAUCGGGAUAUUGAAGGGAAUAAUUCUUCCUUAAAUCAGCCCUUUGAUUCUGAAUCAAGGGCAUUAUCUAAGGGAAGCAACUCUCCAUCACAGCAUCAAUAUGGUCACUGGCAGGCCUCUGAUCAAGGGAACAGUCUUCCACAACAAAUACAGCAUCAUGGAGAAAAGCUGCAUAUAUCUCAGAGAGAAUCAAGUCAUCAUGUAUCUGGUUCUGAUAAUCAAUGUUGCCCUGAGAGUCACCUGGAACAUGACAAGAAACAGUUCCUACCAGAAAAAAUGUCUAUUGAUCAACAACUACAGAGUGCAGCAAAUCCUCUUCAAUUUGUUGAUAAUAAGCAGAUCAAGUUUUCUGAGCAAAAUUCUUCUCAUUUUCCUCCAACCCUUGAGGGUGCUCGGCAUCCUGUGAGCCAAAAGAACAAGGAGCAGCAGUUUAACAAUCAACAACGAGCUGCUGCUCCCCAAUUAAAUAACUCCAUUCAGUGGAUUACACCUGCUUCCAUUCCAUUUCAACAGAUGAUACAGAAUUUGCAACCUCAUGUUGAUAAAGAUAGAUACAUGCAGCUUCAAGCUGUAUUUUCUAAAUUAAAGUCUCAGGAAAUGACCAAGGAAAACUUUUUGAGAGUUUGCAAGAGUAUUGUUGGGGAUCAGAUGAUUAGACAAGCAGUUCAACAAGUGCAGAUGCAGGUACAUGUGCCGGCAGGUCGUCCGAUAAAUAUGAACCAGUUGUCACAAAUUCAGGUUCCUUCUCACCAGUCUCAGAUCCAAGGUUCAACAGGUCAAAUUCAGGCUGAUGCAAGCAUUUCAAAUAUUGAUACCAAUGCUCAGACCCCUCAAGAAAUUGAGAAUAAAAGAGAGUUACAGACAGCCAGGAAGCUCUUGCAACAGAUGCAAUUCCCACCAGCAUCCUUCUCUAUGUAUGGAAGUACAAGUAGUUUUCGUUCCCAUGCAUAUCCAAAUCCAAGUCAAGUGAGGCAACCUACAUUUACUCAGGGUGUGUCUUCAACAAAGUCGGGGGGAUCUGAGCCUAUGACCAUGGUAAAUAUUCCUAGAUGUGAGUUGCAGAAUGCCUCAAACGAAAAAAAAAGACUUCAGGCAGGGACUGUUUCUCACUCAACAAGCCAACAUCAGAUACCAAUUUCAUGGCAAUCAACAAAUAUUCCAAACAAAGACCAGAGAACUAGCAGUUCCCCAUCAAUUUCUCAUGUAAAACAAGAAUUAUUCGAUCAAGAUUCUCAACCUUCACUGAAGCCUUACUUUAUAGUUUCCCAGAGCUUAUCUAUUAGCUCAGUGCACACCGUCCAAGGUAAUCCAAAUAUUGUACCUGUAAAGUAUGAAAAACAGGAAGGAAAAACUGCAAAAUUUGGUUUCUCUGAAUCUACGAGUUUGUCAGCACCACCUCCAGUUUCACGUCCUAGCGCAAUCCAAGCAGGCCCAACAGCACAGAUGCAAGUUCGGAAUUUAUCUGCCACUGUUGCGGGUACUAGUCCCCCAAAUAAACCUGUAACUGGGCAUAAAAAACCACUUGAAUUUCAAGGAAGUUCCCAACUCCAAGCAAGUAAAAAGCAGAAGCCAUCAGGAUCUGGGGCACUUCUUGAUCAAAGCAUUGAACAACUCAAUGAUGUAACUGCUGUUAGUGGAGUUAACCUUAGGGAAGAAGAAGAACAGCUGUUAUCUGCACCUAAGGAGGACAGCCGAGCUUCAGAGGCAACACGAAAAUUUGUACAAGAAGAAGAAGAUAGGUUGAUUUUACAGAAGGAGCCUCUUCAGAAUAAGCUGAUGGAAAUCAUGUCCAAAUGUGGUAUAGAGGGAAUGGGCGACAAUGUGGAGCGUUGCCUUUCAGUGUGUGUGGAGGAACGGCUACAGGGGCUGAUAAAUGACAUGAUAAGAUUUUCAAAACAGAGGAUUGAUAUUGAAAAAUCAAGGCACCAAUUUGUUAUCACCUCCGAUAUCGAACGUCAAAUCGUGGCGAUGAACCAGAAAGCCAAGGAGGAGAGGGAAAAAAAUCAGGCUGGAGAAGCUGAAAAACUUUGUAAUUAUAAUGACGCUGAGGUAAAUGUGGGGCAAGAUGCAGACAAGGAUGAAGGCCGAUCUAAGACUCAAAAGAUCAACAAAGAAGAAGAUGAUAAAAUGCGAACAACAGCUGCAAAUGUUGCUGCUAGAGCUGCUGUUGGGGGUGACGAUAUGCUCUCGAAAUGGCAGCUUAUGGCUGAGCAAGCUAGGCAGAAACGGGAGGGGAUAGUGGAUGGGCCCUUUGGUUGCCAACAUGGAAGAACAAGUGCAAAGCUAUUGACCAAUGUUGGUAGUACUUCAAGGGGACAAGGAGCCAGAAAAAAAGGCACUUCGGCUUCCAUGUCUGGAGGCAUGAGAAUGCAUGGGAGGAGACCUGGAGCAAUGUCUCAUCCUGAAAUUGAACGCAUCCUUUCUACCAAAGAUUUGAUUGCUACUUUGGAGAGGGAGCCACAGAUGUCGAAGUCAACCUUAAUCUUCCGUUUAUACGAGAAAAUGGGUUCAGCUCAAUGAUAGCGCUCUCCAAUUUAGUUAAUGUAUUCUUUCUAGAACUAUUCUUUGUAAUUAUUUAGUUAAUUUAUUUGCGUAUGUAUUUACAUGCUGACGAUUAGAUAUCAUCUAUUCUUUCAUUCACAAAUUUGUUAUGUAUAUAAGUAUAUCGGUUUAAUUUUCUCAAAAGUAAUUAUAUUGGUUGAGGGAA